AUGAGUUCUGAACAAGUAGUGACAGCUUCUUCAAUAUGGCCCAUUUAUUUAAAGCUUAAAGAAUCUAUACUUAAAAACAACAGUAACCCAAGAUAUACAUGUGAUCUUACCCAAGGUGAAGAUCGUGAUAAUUAUGGUAAUACCGAAGAUCUUUUUCAAACUCCAUCUCAAUGUGCACUGUCAACUGGUGAAAUAACCUCUUACCUCAAUAAUAAUGAAGUUGAUGCUAACAACACUACAACAGUGAUGAAGACAACACUAUGCAGGUGUCAGUAG